AUUUCGCUUAUGCAGUUCGGAUUUCUGUUCUCUCUUUCAAAAUUUUCCACAGAGAGAGAAAAAAAGAGAGACCACCGAUCCACUCCGAGACUGUGACUCACUGAGAGUGGGGCGGAGAAUCGGCGGAGAGAGAGAGAUCGCUCCGGCUUUUAAUGGAGGUUUUUCGAAGUCGUCUCUCUCUCGCUUGUUUGAAAGUGGAAGCGCGGGCCGGCAUCCAGUAGCAACUGUAACCCGUUUGAUAAUAAGCCUCAAACGAAAUUCGAGAGUUCUUGAUUUUAGAAGGUGAAGAGAAAUGGCUGGAUCGGACGAGAACAAUCCGGGAGUGAUCGGACGGGCGAAUCUCCACGGGGAUUUACGAGGUGGUGGUGGCAAAUUUGCGGUGGGGGUGGGUCAAAAUCGCAGAGCUUUGAGCACCAUUAAUAGCAAUGUUGCCGCAGCUCCUCCCCCUCAUCCCUGCGCAGUCCUCAAAAGAGGCCUAACAGAAACUAAUGCUGUUCCCAACAACAAAGACCCGUCGCUUCUGGUUCAUCGACCGAUCACUCGGAAGUUUGCUGCUCAGCUGGCUAAUAAGCAGCAACAGCAACUUGUUGUAUCCGAGGUGGAUACCAAGCCAAUGCAAUCUGCCCCAAUUCGAAACGACUCUGAACUUCAUCAUCCCAUCGCUGAGGAAGAUGAUGCCAUGGGGGAAUCAGCAGUGCCAAUGUUCGUUCAACACACUGAAGCAAUGUUGGACGAAAUUGACAGGAUGGAUGAGGUGGAAAUGGAAGAUAUAGAAGAAGAGGCAGUCAUUGACAUUGACAGCCGCGAUACGAAGGACCCACUAGCUGUCGUGGAGUACAUUGAUGAAUUGUAUGCCUACUACAGGAAAGCCGAGGUUUCAAGCUGUGUCCCAUCGGACUACAUGACUCAACAAGCAGAUAUCAAUGAGAGGAUGAGAGGGAUUCUCAUUGACUGGCUAAUUGAGGUACACUACAAAUUUGAGCUGAUGGAGGAGACGUUGUAUCUAACAGUCAACCUGAUCGAUAGAUUCUUGGCGGUUCAGUCGGUGGUGAGGAAGAAGCUCCAGCUUGUUGGAGUGACGGCCAUGCUUAUUGCCUGCAAGUAUGAAGAAGUUUCUGUUCCUGUUGUGGAUGAUCUUAUUCUCAUAUCCGACAAGGCCUACACCAGAAAGGAAGUUCUGGACAUGGAGAAGUUGAUGAUUAAUACCUUACAGUUCAAUUUGUCUGUCCCAACACCUUAUGUCUUCAUGAGGAGGUUUCUCAAAGCUGCUCAAUCUGACAAUGAGCUGGACCUUCUCUCAUACUUCAUGGUAGAACUGUGUCUGGUGGAAUAUGAAAUGCUGAAGUUCAAGCCUUCAUUAAUGGCUGCUGCUGCUGUCUUCACUGCUCAAUGCACCAUCAAUGGCUUCAAGGAAUGGAGCAAAACCAGCGAGUGGCACACUGGGUAUCCGCAGGAGCAGCUUCUGGAAUGUUCACGUCUGAUGGUGGAGUUCCAUAAGAAAGCAGGGACAGGGAAAUUGACAGGAGUUACAGGAAAUAUUGCACAUCCAAGUUUGGAUAUGCUGCAAGAAGUGAGCCAGCAAGCUUUCUGUUGGAAUAAAGUCUCUAUAGCUGGUUUUUGUGCAUAUAAAAAGGAACUGAAAGAAAAAAGAAUAACUGAGUAAUGGCUGCUGCUUGCUAACCUUUACCUUAUGCUGGCAAUGUUUUUGGGUUGGGGGGGAAUGGGAUGUUGUGUAGAAAGAGCAACACAAGUUGCCCCUGCCUUUUUUUACUUUUGAAGAAUCAGAUUCUAAUUUGGACAAAAAAAUCCAAUUUUUUUUUUUACUUAGAGCUUAGCUUUCUGGAUACUUCUUUUGGUGUUGUGUCUGAAAAUUUGUUAUGAGGCAAAAUUUGUUAUUCUUUUUAUUA